GGGAAGCCAAGAGUCACAUAUCCGCUCAGUAAUCGUUACAUUGACUGGGUGAAGGAAAAAAUAAGUAAUGAUCCUGAUCUUUUUAAAGAAUAUAAAAAAAAUCAGGGAAUCAUUCACGUAAGAAAUUUAUUCCUUAAGCAAUUGAAUGAUGCUCAGUUAGCGCAGCUUGAGUGUUGCUCUGCUCAAAAUGUGAAAACAUUAAUUUUUCCAGUAGCCACGAUUGGGUGUGGAAAGACAACGAUAUCUCUAGCGCUCUCAAUCUUAUUCAAAUUUGCUCAUAUUCAGAAUGAUAACAUAACCGGAAAGAAAUCGCGUGUAGAGUUUUAUAAGAGUAUUAUAGAAGGAUUCAAUACUCACGAUGUUGUAAUUGCUGACAGAAAUAAUCAUUUGCUCGAACUUCGCAAGACCUUAAUGAAUUCUGUGAGGGAAUCCUAUCCAAGCGUCCGAAUUGUGGUUAUCUAUUGGGAUCAUAGUGAACGUUCUCUGAAUGAAAUUUUUCAAAUAACAUCACAACGUGUCGUCUCCAGAGGAAGUAAUCACCAAUCACUAACGCCAGAAAAUCCAGAAUAUGAAAAAAUCGUUUGGAGAUUCUUAAAAGACUUUGAGCCAUUAGAUUCAAAUAAUGGGGUGGAUGAUAAAAUUGAUAAUAUGAUUGAGUUGGAUAUUUCCGAUGACAUAAAAACCAAUCUCAUGUUAACCGUUGAGAAAUUGUGUCCAAUACUUGGCGUUAAAAUUCCGAAUGAGAUCGAUAUCAGCAAUGCAUUGAAAGAAGCAACGAAUUAUAAACCCACCGUUCGCAAAAUCGUUUCAAAGUCCAAAUCAAAGUCACGAUCUUCUGGACCUGGAUAUUUUAUGAUAGCGCUUGAUUUUGACGUAUCAGGAUAUCUGUCUAAUUACUUUGCGAAUCAUCCAAAAGUCGAUUCUAGGACCUACAAGAAAUUAAUUUACAAUAAUCGAAUUUCCAAUGAACAUCAUGUGACGCUCAUUCACAAAUCAGAUCUACUUGAAAAUCAGGAAUUGUGGGAACAGUACAAAAAUAUUUGUACGGGCGAACCCCUAAAAGUGAAAGUGCACAUUGACAAGUUGGUUUUUAAUGAGAAAAUAAUGGCCUUUUCCGUUAAUGCUAUUGAACCAUCACAUGUCAGGAGUGCGAAUCGGAUUCCGCAUAUCACGAUAGGCACGAUUGAUAAUUCGGUCCCAUCUGUUCUUUCAAACGAUAUGUUAGUGAAAGCGCUAAUUGAAAACAAAAAAUCUGAGGUGACGAUUGCUUUGUUGGAGCCCGAAGUAGUGUGUGAUGGUAUCAUUAAAUCAGGAUGGUAG